CAACGCGGUCACCGCUGACACACAAUCACUGGCCCCUGGUCACCGCUGCACUCCGUCCUGAACAAGAUGGCUGCGCUGGAAAGCUCGAUGCUGAUUGAGAUCAUCGAUCAAGUUACCGCGGAGCUUGUGCACAAAAUGGACGGAUAUGACAUUCAGGAUGUCGACGACACAGAGAUGGGGAUACGGGUACGGCAAUUUGCGGAGGGCAAAGCAAAAGGUCGGGCAGUUUCUUCCUUGCUGUACUGUAUGGGAUACAGGUUGUUCGAAACGUACAAGGACGAGGGGUUUCGCCCUGAUUUAGAUCGAUACGUUAAGUUCGCGGUCGCAUGCUGUAACGAGGGCUUGGAUCUAACGACGGACAACCCCGGCAGCCGCACCGUACUCUUGUACCGGCUCCCGGAAAUGUUGCUCAGGUUGUACGAAAACACUGGGAAAUACGGGCUAUAUCUCGACCAGAGCCUGGACGUUUCAAGGGAGCUCCUCGGGAUAUCGACCGGACCUGGAGGUGAAGAUUGGCAGGCUCUAAGAACAGAAGCUCUGGAGCAAACCGCGACCGCGCUUGAGCAUCGCUAUGCAGAAAAGAAACGCCCGCGGGACCUAUACGAAGCGCUCUACUUGUGUCAGGCGGCGCUACGUUUAACCGACGACGUUGCUCAACGGGCCUCACUCCGGAGUAGGGUUGCCGAGAUUCAUCGAAGACGCUUUGAGAGGGACUGGUCUCUGCCCCUCAUCGAUGAGGCCAUCAAGGAGGGGACGGCGGUUUGUGAUACCUGCCGUGACGACAACGACACUCGUGCCCAAGCCCUGAGCAUGCUCAGCGGCUAUCACCACAGCAAAUACGAGCACUCCCACGAUCCCUCCGAUCUCAAAAGCGCUGUCGAGAUCGCUCGCCAGGCGGUUGCGCUGAGAGCACAGCCAAUCACCGUUCGCAUCGGCAAGGACAUGGAUGAGGCUCUCCAGGCGGGGCAGGAAGCCCGGGUCCUGGCUGGUGCAGACAGUCUGUCCCUCGUCGACAUUUUCAGUGCGCUUGCAGAAUUGUAUCUCGUACGUAACGCGCGAGAAAGGCAGUUGUCUGACGCCGAGGAGGCGGCAUGGUUCGCAAAGAGAGCCGUCCGUCUGGCUCCAGUUGGGGUUGCCGCCCGUUUGUCGGCCCUCAGCAUACAACUCUCGGCUAUGUGUGCUAAAUAUGUGAGGAUUCCCGAGACUUCUAUCCGCGAGGAGGCCCUGGAAGUCGCAAACGAGAUCAAGCGAGACACAUCGGCACAAGACCCUGCCCGGGGACUCGUUUGGAUUAACCUGGGGUGGCUGCAUCACUGCCAAUACAGAGAAACGGGGCAAGUAUCGCACCUCGACUCAGCCAUAGAAGCGGCAAGGAAGGCAGUCAAUCUCAUUCUAGAAACCAAUCCGAUGCACGCAGAUGCCGAGGCCAGCCUCGGAGGGAGAUUGCUAGGCCUCUACAAAAGAGAUCGAUCAGAAGCGACCCUGAACGAAGCUAUCAACCAUCUCAAAGCGGCAGCAUCUCGGGUCCCUGACAGCUCAAGCGCCAGGGUUCGUCAUCUCGGCCACCUUGCUGCAGCGUUAAUUAAGAGGUCGGAGGCGACAAGUGACAAGGACAAGCAGGACAGCGACCGGGACCGAGAGGAAGCCGUGGCGAUGUUCAAAUCCGCCGCGGCCAACGAACUUGGCACUCCCAGCGAUCGAAUCGGCUACGCUCAACGCGCCAUUGAGAUUCUCGUCGUUCAAGGGAGAACUCACGAAGCCAGCGCGCUGGCCGACGAGGCAAUGAAGCUUCUUCCUCUCGCGUGUCUUCGCUACACAUGCAAAGAAGAUCAGCAGCACGCCAUGAUGCGGAUUCCGGACUUCGCCUCGAAGACGGCUUCGCUGAGCCUCCUCUCCAACGAGGUGGAAAAGGCCGUACAGCAGCUCGAGCUGGGCCGUGGCGUCAUUCUCGGCUACGCCAUGGACGACGCGGCGGACCUGUCAGCGUUGAGAAAGGUUCGCCCAGAACUUGCCCAUCGUUACGCGUCCCUCGCCGCGACAGGGUCUGCCGACCAGGUUGAAGCCUACCGCAACUCGGCACUCCCCGUGCACCCUGCCGAGGAGUGGGAGGAGACCCUCCAAGUGCAGGUGGCCAGCGGAUUGCGGGACGGGAUUGCCGCCGAGCUGGCUAAGGAGCAGAGGCGAGCCGCGCAAGAGCUUGAUCUCUGCAUUGAGGAGAUUCGGCAGUUGGAAGGACACGAGAGAUUCCGGAUGCCACUCGCGCCGGGCGACUGGAAGGCACUCGCAAGCGCGGGCCCGGUCGUGAUGGUGAACAUGACGGAGAUCGGUCGACACGCCAUUCUCAUCACCUCCGAAACCGUGAAGGCAAUCGAACUGCGAGAUCCACUCCGCGACAAUGCGGCCCAUCAUUCUCGAGGGGUCCAUCCAGAUCCCAGACAAGGUCCGCCCACCGCCCGGGACAUCGACGGCGCAGAUCCCCCGCAAGCCGAUUCCGACAUGGAGAGGUUUUCGAGUCUCUGGACCGACUGCGUGAAGCCUGUGCUCGAAGAGCUUGAGAGGAUGGGAUGCCUCGACGGCGGCCGGCCCGAGAGGGGGCCCCCGCGUGUCUGGUGGAUCGGCUGCGGUGGCGCCAGCUCGCUGCCCUUCCACGCCGCUGGUCUCGACUUCGACGAGGGCUCAACCAACAACGCGCUGAGGGUCGUGUCAUCCUACACCCCCACCCUCAAAGCCCUCGCAUACUCACGGUCUCGUGCCUUGCGCCUGUCGAGGUGCCCACACGUCGACCGAGAUGACAGAGUGGUUACUCCGUCGAGAGAAAGGGAUGUUACCUCGGUCCCGGGCAGCACAAAUGAGUCAGGGUCAGGGUCAGAUCAUGUCAAGGACGAACCUGUCGGAGAUGCGACGAGAACAAGGGGAGAGUUGACGCUACCUACGGAAGCACCACGGGCAGCAACUGCUGGGAGUACCAGUCCGCCAGAGUCCAUCCUGCUCGUGACGAUGCCGACCACUGUCGGUCAGAGGGACCUACCCGGCGUUGAUGCCGAGAGCGCGGCGUUGCGAGAGGCAUGCAAAGACCAGUACCUCAUCGAGGAGCUUCGGCACCCCACCGCUGCCCAGGUGCUUGACAGAUUCGUGGCUUCCGACAUUGUGCACUUCGCGUGCCACGGUUUCUCGGACCCCGUGUACCCGUCCGAGAGCCGGUUGAUGCUGCAAAAGGAGGGCACAUUCACCACCGCCACCACGAAGAACAAGGCAGAGCGCAGGGUGGUCGAGGACAGGCUGAGGCUGAAGGAUGUUUCCCGCGCCGCGUUCGAGGCAGGUGGCGAGUCGCGCUUCUGGCUAGCCGUGCUGUCGGCGUGCUCGACGGCCGAGACCCGGGCCAUGGCGCUCGCCGACGAAGGGCUGCACCUGGCCGCGGGCUUCCAGGCGGCCGGGUUCGCCCACGUCGUCGGCACGCUGUGGCGGGCCCAAGACGACGCCUGCUGCCGCGUCACCAAGCACUUCUAUACGUACUUGAAUGGCGAGGCGGCGAAGGAGCGCAGGAGAGAUGCCGUCGUUGCGGAGGCCCUUUCGCAUGCUGUUACACAGUUGCGUAGGGAGACGGGGUAUGGUCCGAAGAUGUGGGCUCCGUUUGUUCAUUUCGGUGUCUGA